AUGGCCAAAAAGACCAAAACCAAGCAGCAGGAAGAAACGCCUCCUCCAGGCAAUGCGAAGGGUAAGAAAAACUCCAAAUCUAAGGUAGAAGAACCACAGGAUGAAGUCAAGAAACCACUUAGAGGUUUGGCUAUAGGGGAAAACUUUGGAUGGACGGGAAAACUUCCAGUAACCUUAUUGAAUGAAUAUUGCCAAAAACAAAAAUGGGGCAAGCCCAGCUUCGAUAUGGUUAAGAAGGGGCAGGGAUUUGUCUGUUUCUUUCAUCUUAAUUCGGUUAAUCCGAAGACAAAAGAGCCGAUCUCCAUAAAAUUCAUACCCAAGUACGAACCAAAACUGACAACAAAUGAAGCUAGGCAUAUGUCGGCUACGUAUGUUUUGUACCGUAUUAAUUUCAUCAAAAACAUGAAAAUGCUUCUUCCGAACAUUUUCCGAGACUAUUGGGUCGAACUCGAAAAGGAACGACUCGAAGUCUUGAAGAAAGACAAGUAUAAGCAUGACUUGGUAUACAAUGUCAAUCCCUUCCAAGUAUAUAUAGAGCAGCAAGAGUUGGUGCAGAAAAAGACUAAACAGGAACUUCUCCGGAAGGAAAAUGAAAGUAAAAUAAAGAAACCUUCUAUCAGCAUAGGCACUACUGUUGUUUCAGCUAAAGCAAGUACCGCCACCUCGAGUACAAAGGUCAACAAGAUACCACAAACUAUCAAUGUGCCUACAUUUCCAAGAAAAGUAUGGGGCAAUGCUCCAUUCAUUGACUUUCCACCGGAGAUUCGUAGUUCCUUGGAACAGUCAAUCCGUAAACAUAUCAAUUGGAUCAUUGAUAACGAACAUCCAAUGUCUCAAAAUAAAUCCAAGGCCGAGGAAAAUCAGAAGUCAUUGCUAGCAUUAGGUUUUAGACAAAUUCACAUCGAAGAAGCUUUCAAGUACACUUCUUCGUUUGUAGAUUCCUUGGAAUGGCUCUUAUUCCAUAUUCCUGAAGAUGACCUUCCACCGCAAUUCACUAAGACUGAAAAGGAUUCUAGUGUCAUGCUUAGAGUUUCCAAAGAUAUCAAGCUUGAGUAUAUGUUGAAACGGUUGUCAGAAUCAGGUUUCGAUAAAGAUGACGUCUUGACUUCCUUAGAGGAAUGCGAGUUUAACGAAGUGCAAGCUGGCGUCAAACUCACACGUACAUUUUUAGAAUUAGAGUCAGAUCAAGAAUUUGAAGCUACAGAUUUGGAAGACUCUCAGAGCUUAUGGGAACAAGAGCUAGAAGGAAUAAAAAUGAUGGAGUCCAACAAAGUUACCUUUAAUAAUUCUGAGAAAACUAUUGUAGAUAUUCAACUCAGACCACAUAAGAUCGCUGAAGACUUACUUAAUGUUCGUCUACUCAAAAGCUUGCAAUACCCUUGUGAGCUCCCUGGUAUUCAAAUCGUUGUGAACAACCCUUCCUUCAAAUUAGCGAACUACAUCAAGUUGUCAAUUCUCUCUAGUUUGGUACAAUACAUCACCGAAAAUGAAAUUCUCGGUGAGUGCAUGAUUUUCAACAUUAUCGAAUGGCUCGAGGAGAACAUUUCUCGAAUUAUUGAUAACCCAGGUCCUUUAAUUCUGGAAGGAGUAAUUAAUAGAGCAACCCAAAGUAACAAGAAAAGGACCAUUUCUACUACUACAUCUCAAAACAAACAGUCGAGAAUUAAAGUUAAACUGCCAAAGGAAAUAGAAGCAGAUAAACUUGCCUACAAGGCUAAGUUGACGUCAAAGGAAAUGCAGAAGUCUUUGAAACAGAGAAGUUCCUUACCAGCUUGGAAAAAGAAAGAACAAUUGGUGGACGUUAUUAACUCCAACAAGGUUACCUUGGUGACAGGGGAGACUGGUUCGGGUAAAUCCACUCAAAUCGUGCAAUUUAUUCUCGAUGAUAUGAACUCCAGGGGCAAUUUUUCCGGCAAGAUUAUGUGUACUCAACCAAGACGUAUUUCUACCCUUGGUCUUGCUGAUAGAAUAUCGGAAGAACGUUUGGAUAAAGUUGGCGGAGAAACAGGGUACAUUAUUAGAGGUGAAAAUAAAACCAGUAAAGAUACCCGAAUAUCAUUUGUGACUACAGGUGUUCUUUUGAGAAUGUUGCAAUCUUUCCUUGCAUCUUCCAGUUCACAUCAGACUUCUAUUUUUGAUGAGUUAGAAUACAUCUUCAUUGAUGAAGUUCACGAACGUUCCGUGGAUAGUGAUUUUUUACUCAUCAUAUUAAAAAAGACCAUGAAUCGUUUUCCUAACCUUAAGAUUGUCCUAAUGUCUGCAACCAUAAGUGUCGAGAUCUUCAAAAACUUUUUCAAUACACCUUUAAAUCAUAUUCAUAUUGAAGGUAGAACAUUUCCAAUUGAAGACUACUACUUAGAUCAAAUUAUUGAUGAUAUCGACUACACCGUGGAAACUGCAAAUGGAAUUGUGAAACCAAGGGCGGAUUCUCAUUACUUUGAGAAGGGAAACAUUAAUUUCGACUUAGUUGCUAGGUUGUGUUUGCACAUCGAUGAUAAACUUGAUUCCGAGGGAAAUGAUGGCUCCAUCUUAAUAUUCUUACCAGGUAUCAUGGAGAUUAAUCAAUGUGUCUCCAUUAUUGAGAGAGCCUUCUCGAAGAGGGACAAACCAUCUUGGACGCUCCCAUUACACUCAGCAUUGUCUUCUAUGGAACAGAAACGAGUCUUUAAGGUACCAGCGAAGGGUACAAGAAAGAUUGUGGUGUCUACAAACGUUGCAGAAACUUCGAUUACUAUUCCCGACUGUGUGGUGGUCGUUGAUGGAGGUAGAUCGAAGACGAUGUUCUAUGAUCCCGAAAAGAAUACAACUAGAUUAAUUGAAAACUGGUGUUCCAAGGCCGAAAUUGGACAGCGGAGAGGUAGAUCAGGUCGUGUAACCAAUGGUAACUGCUACCAUCUUUAUACCAAAGAAAUUGAAACCAAAAUGAGACAACAGGCCGUUCCUGAAAUCAAACGGACAAGACUUGAAAAUUUGUACUUAGUUGUGAAAUCCAUGGGCAUAAGGAGUGUUGAUGAAUUCUUGAACAGUGGUAUCGACGCUCCGGAUCAAUCGUCGUUGAAAACUUCGAAGAAAUUCUUAAAAGAAAUUGGUGCUUUGGAUGCUGAUACUGAAGAAUUAUCGCACCUCGGUAAGUAUUUAUCAUAUCUUCCAACGGAUCUCCAGAGUGGUAAAUUGCUCAUUCUUGGUUGUAUAUUUGGAUGUUUAGAUAUAUGCUUGACAUUAGCAUCUAUCAGCUCUACUGGUAAUCCUUUUUUCAAUCUUGCAGACAAAAGAGCGGAGAUCAAGCAAAAGAGAAGAGAGUUUUCCCAGAACCAAGGAGACUUUGUCGCCAUAGCUAAUGCAUAUGCAGAAUACGAUAAAAUGAAACAAAAUGGCGAGAACACCAAGAAAUUCAUUUCUCUGAACUACUUGUCAUUUAUUACAUUGAAUGAUAUCUCGUCUACAAGGGUACAAUACAUUUCUUUACUUAAGGAUCUUGGAUUUGUUCCACAUGGAUACUCACACAGGAAUCGUAAUGUCGAUUUUAACUUUCUUAAUAGAAAUAACGAAAAUUUCGGAGUCAUAAGAGCUAUUAUCACGGCUUCUUUCUAUCCUCAGAUUGCUAGAGUCCAGCUUCCCGACCCCAAAUAUGUGAAGUCGGCAGUGGGAUCUGUGGCAGUAGAUCCGGAAGCUUCAUUGACCAAGUUCUGGAGCAACAAAAACUUGGGAGAUGUAUUACCAGCCAAUAGGGCCAGAGUUCACAACAGUUCUGUUAUUUUUGAUGACAAUUCUGUUGACGGAUCACUCAGCGAAAAGAUAUUAGAACAAGCUACGGAUGAGGAAGGAAAUCUCGAUUUCGUAAAGGCAAGAGAAUUGUACGAUUUGACUCCGCAGGCACCUAAGGGAGGUAAUCCAAUUCUUAAAUCACCAUUUGUGGUGUACGGAAGAUCACACCAGACUUUUGCAUUUUUCUUGAGUGACAUCACUCCUACCAGUACAAUUGCUGCCUUAUUAUUUGGAGGUAGCAUAGGCUACAAUUUGAGCGACCAACUUUCGAAUGGACCUACUGGGAUUGUGUUGGACAAUUGGUUGCCAAUUCGAACGUGGUACAAGAAUGGUGUUCUAAUCAAACGACUCAGAAAACUAGUGGAUGGAAUGAUCGAAGACAGGUUAUCCAGUCCCCAUUACUCAAAAGAUGCCAAUGACGACAUUCUUGCAGUUGUUGAGCAAUUGUUGGCACUUUAGAAAUGGCUGCAAAAUCGAUUAGAGAAAACGAUACAAAAACUCCAACAGAAAAGUAUCAAACCGGAAAUACCCAAAACGGAAACCAUGUCACGAGCGCAAAUUACAGUGCGUAUAAAAUAGAAGCUUAAGUAUUGCUUUUUUGUGCGCAGAAGAUCUCUUGAUAUGUCAGAAAUGUCGCGCGACAUUUCGAUGGCUGACAAAUUGCGAAAUCCAGCCACAGUUAUUCCAUCUUGAUUUCAAACUCCAGAUUCUUAGUAAUAGAUACAACUGGAUCAUUCUUCAUAUAUUUAUAGAGUCAGAACCACUAGAUUGGUGAAAUAAGCAUUUUUUGUACAUACAUUUAAUCUACAGCAUUUGCAUUUAAUAU